AUGGCUGGCCCAUCAAGACAUGGCACCGCCACAGUGCCGGCGACCGCGACAGUCCUCGACUUCAUUUGCCUAUUCACUCACGACCUGAAGCGAAAACAGAAACGAUGGCAGGAUGGCGUUCUCAAGUACCACACCUUCAACAAGCGCAUCAUGGUCUCCGACGACCGUGGUCACUUCAUUGGUGAUGCCCACUGGCAGGCAGAAGCUCAUCUAGAGACUGGGGACGAAUUUGAGCUGGACCGUGGCUCGGCCAUUGUCCAGGUAUCUGACUGCACUGGCCAGCGGGAACAAGAUUUGACAGAGCUACUCGACAAACGAGCUAGGGAUGUCGAAAAGCGCCGCGCCAAUGCCAUUUCUCGGACCCCUAGGUCUAGUACCAGUGCAGUUUCAACACCGGCGCAAGACCAAUCUUCCCACUUUCAACUUCGCCAUCGUCCACUGGCCUCGCUCGUUGGAGCGUCCCCAAGGAUAGGGAGGGCAGCCAUUUCCCCUCACUCCCCAUAUGAGGCACGUCAGUUGGCCCAAAAGGCUGAGCAGCUGGAGCCAUCUGACGAACCUCCACCCCCGAAAAGAAGAAAACAAGAACGGUCUCCCCCAAGCAAAUCUUACCAUGCUCGUAGCUUGUUUGGAGCAGCUUUAACUCUUUCGCCCUUCGUGACGAGCAGCCCUACAGCACAGAGCCAAGUCCUACGAGACAAGACCAAUACCAAAACGAAGGCCCCAUUGCUAAGUGCGAGGAAUCCCCACCAAAAACCACAGACUCCCAUCUCCAGUCAACCAGAACCCUCGCUUCAGCAACCUGUCGAGAUACAGAGCUCCCCUAUAUCCCCCAUGGCCGAGCCACGCCGUUCUCCGGAAGCCAACAAAAAGCGGUCAAAAGAUGUGAGCGAUUCGACGGUCAAACCCAAGGAAUCGAGCUACUGCCUCCAUUCAGAUGACAGCAACUUGGACACUUCGGAAAACCCAACUUCUAUUCCGAUCACUCCAGCUUCCCAGAGCACACUAGCCCCUCUGAGUACUGGGACCAAAUUUCAGCCCAAGAUGCGCCCUGGCGCUCCACCUCCUCUCCGCGCGACCAAGGAACAAACGAGACGCCAUGAAUCCAUCGUCAGCGGGGACGAACGAGGCAAUGGCUCAACAUCAUCGAACCCAAGUACUGCUCAGAAGCUGAAAGACGCUACGAAACCACUGCCCAAUGAGCAGGACCCCGUCCGCUCGAUCAACGAGCCAAGAACCGAGCUUCGAAUCAGAUCAAGACAACGUCGAGGACUGCUUGUGAUAUCCGAGAAGCAUGGUCGAGACCAGAAAGCUGGGAAGCACCUCGGAACUACUGUCGACAAGGGUGUUGAGUCACAUUCCAGCCUAGAAUCAGGUCAUGUCGGACAAGGCAACGGGAUGCGGAAUGUUGAAGAGCCUACCUGUACAACCGGCCAAUCUCGAUCGAAAAAUGCACCAAUCGAGACGAAUAAGCGACAAAACGAGGCUGCCACAAACGUCAUCGAGGUAGGCUCCCACGGCCUCAAAGAUGACACCCCGAAUGAUAGUGCGCCUCAAGUGAUACUGGAUUCAAGCCCCGAGGUCGAACUCGAGUCCCCUCAAACUAGCGAAACUCAACAACAGGAUGAUGCCGCUAGGGAUCAAGCUUCGUCACUGACCAAGACAGCCCGCCAUUUGCGUGAUCGCGGAUCCCGAAAGGAAGUUGCACGACAUAGCACAAGUGACGAAGAGCCGGUGGCCAUAGCACUAUCCCCGGUGCGCAACGCCAGUGACCGAAUACAAGCUUCUCGAGUCACCAAUUCAAGCUCUAGCGGACCUCGCAUUACGAAGAUGGCUCGAAAAAGCGUAAAGAGUAGGGAAAUUAUCGGCUUCGUGAUCCCAAGCGAUGGACCCACUAUGACAGCCCACAGAGUUGCGGCUCCGACACUGGUAGCCAGUAACAAAGUUGGGCGCUCGCCGGUUGGAAACAUUGGUAGUGAGGCGGAAUCCGAGUCACACUUGGAUGCGACGCCAAAGCCACCACAAGUCCAAUUAGACUGUAUCACUGCAGUGGCGCAGUGUGCGUCAACAAGCUCAGAUGACAAGUCAACAGCGAAACCUACACCGCGACUUAGCAAUCCGGCAACUCGAGGCAAAAAGGCAGCCAAAAGGGAGGAUGCGGCUGGGCAUUUGCCUCAAACUAUGAUUCAACUUGAUCCCGUUCUAUCUACCCGUGUUGGGGCCCCUAAACCACCGCCCUCUGCAAAGUCAUCGGGGCUACCCGGCUUUUCCAAGGCGAACGGUGGUGCUUGGAGCAGACAUGCUGAGGACCUACUUGGCAUGACCAGACCGGCAGACAAGGCGUCUCGACGGUGA